UGCAGUCAUGGCCUCAGAAUUUAUUCCAAGGUCCGCCAAUGGCCCGAGAGCCGCACUUUGGGUACCCAGGUUUAAACUGCUGAAGUCAAGGGAUGAAGUGGUUUAUCUCUGUGGCAGCGCGUCGUCACUGCACGCUAAAGCAGCUCACUAGCGCCACCAUCUGGAUGAAAUCAUCUUCGGGUUCUGUCUGGCUCUUUGGCAGAGGAUUCCAGCAUACAUGGGAUUUGUAGUUUCUUCCUGAGACCGGAAGCAGAAGGUUCAGCCUCUCUGUGCAGCGUCCAGUCCCAGCUGCUCCUCUACCGGCAUCCUCCUCCCUGCUAUGUCCGCCGUCAGAGCGCUGAGGAGCCGCCGGCUCCUCCGGCAGGUGUCCCCCGUCCUCCAGGCCUCCCUCCGCAGAUAUUACAGCUUGGACGUCCCUGCCGCGCUGCUCCGGACUCAGGGAUACCUGGGCGGCCGCUGGGUCUCUGCAGCCUCGGUGUUCCCGGUUCUGGACCCGGCCACCGGACAGGAGCUGACCCAGGUGUCGGACUGCGGGCCCGCAGAGGCCAAGCAGGCGGUGGAGGCCGCCUACGAGGCGUUUCAGUCCUGGAAGCACACCACAGCCAAGGAGAGGAGCGUCCUGCUGAGGAAGUGGUCCGACCUGCUGCUGCUGCACCAGGGACACCUGGCCAGGCUCAUCACCUUUGAGUCUGGUAAACCUCUGCCGGAAGCCCUGGGUGAGGUCUCGUACUCGGCCUCCUUCCUGCAGUGGUUUUCAGAGGAAGCUCGCAGAGUUUACGGCGACAUCGUUCCGUCUCCGGCCGCGGACCGCAGGCUGCUGCUCCUGAAGCAGCCAGUAGGGGUCGCCACCAUCAUCACACCGUGGAACUUCCCCAGCGCCAUGAUUACCAGGAAGGUUGGCGCCGCCCUGGCCGCCGGCUGCACCGUGGUGGUGAAGCCGGCCGAGGACACGCCGCUGUCCGCCCUGGCUCUGGCCGAGCUGGCGCAGCAGGCGGGCGUCCCGCCGGGUGUGGUUAACGUGGUUCCCUGCUCCAGGGAGAAGAUGACCGCCGUGGGCCGGGUUCUGUGCUCCGACCCGCUGGUGGCCAAGAUCUCCUUCACCGGAUCCACGGCAACCGGGAAGGUGUUGCUGAAAAUGGCCGCCGACUCAGUGAAGAGGGUUUCCAUGGAGCUGGGAGGCCACGCCCCCUUCAUAGUGUUCGACAGCGCCAAUGUGGAGCGUGCGGUGGGCGGAGCCAUGGCCUCCAAGUUCAGGAACUCGGGACAGACCUGCGUGUGCUCCAACCGCUUCCUGGUCCAGAGCGGGAUCUACGAGCGCUUCCUGGACGGGCUGGGCCGCGCCAUGGACGCCGAGCUGCAUCUAGGCCAUGGGUCGGAACCGGCCACCACGCAGGGACCGCUCAUCAACGCCAGAGCAGUGGAGAAGGUAGUCCAUCAUAUAGAGGACGCCGUGUCUCGUGGUGCCCGGGUUCUGCGAGGCGGGAAGCGUCUGGACGGGUCGUUCAUGGAGCCAACCCUGCUGGCGGGCGUCACCACUGACAUGCUGUGUACGCAGGAGGAGACGUUUGGACCGCUGGUUCCGGUCAUCAGGUUCGAGACAGAAGAAGAAGCUCUUGCUGUGGCCAACGCUGCCAACGUCGGGCUGGCAGGAUACUUCUACUCGCAGGACGUGGGCCAGAUCUGGCGGGUGGCCGAGGCGCUGGAGGUGGGCAUGGUGGGGGUCAACGAGGGGCUCCUGUCCGCCGCCGAGGCCGCUUUCGGUGGGGUCAAGCAGUCCGGCCUGGGCAGGGAGGGAUCCAAGUACGGCAUCGACGAGUACCUGGAGGUCAAGUACAUGUGCUUCGGAGGCCUGAAACCCUGAACCGGGCCGGAGCUGGUACCGGCACCAUAGACAGGAAGGAGUGAGAGCUGCUGAUCAACAUGACCCAGGAAGCUUCCCAACCCUCCAGCAUGUCUGCUGCCAUCAUUAAUAAUUAUAGUCAGUUAGAUUUCUAAUGUACUUUACAUUUUAAAAUCUCAACAUUCAGGAUCAAAUAUAUAGUAAAAAUAAGACAAAUCUAAAAAAUUUUUAAAUAAUGAACUAAAUACCAGGAUUAAUAAUUAAAUAAAUGUACAGAAACA